UCCGGCGGUGUCCAAAAUGGGUAUCGACAUUAACCAUAAGAAUGAUCGAAAGGUCCACAGGACCGAGCCCAAGAGCGAUGACAUCUAUCUUCGUCUCUUAGUGAAACUGUACAGGUUCUUGGCACGCAGGACAAAUGCCAAGUUCAACAAGAUUAUUCUGAAAAGACUGUUCAUGAGUAAGAACAACAGACCACCUAUUUCACUGGCAAGAAUGGUCAGGCUGAUGAAGAAGCCAGGGCGUGAAAACAAGCUGGCUGUGGUUGUAGGAACAGUCACAGAUGACAUCCGCAUCUUGGACAUCCCUAAACUCAAGAUUUGUGCCUUGCGGGUAACGGAGCGAGCUCGGGCACGUAUUCUGAAAUCUGGAGGUGAAAUCAUUACCUUUGACCAGCUGGCUCUGAGGGCACCCAAAGGACAGAACACAGUGCUCAUGCAGGGACGCCGCAAAUCUCGUGAAGCAUACAGACACUUUGGCGCAGCCCCUGGUGUUCCACACAGCAAAACUGCACCAUUUGUGCGAUCAAAGGGAAGGAAGUUUGAGCGUGCUCGUGGUCGCAGAGCCAGCAGAGGUUACAAAAACUAAAGCAGCGCUCAACUUUCAACUAUUCACUUCACUCACAGUAAUAAAGAAGAAAGUGGA